UCAAACUAUAUAACAAAUAAUAUAUAAUAUUGAUGUUUUUGUUUCAAAUUUGACAAUAUUUAAGUCAUCCACAGAGUAUAAAAUUGAUAACUUAAAGGUUAUGAUAUUAAAAAAAAAAACAAAACAAUAAAAGAUUUCACACAAUUGAAAUUUUUAUAAUUAAAAAAUAAUAAUGGAACGAGGUGCUUUAUUAGUUCUUGAAGGAUGUGACAGAGUUGGAAAAUCUACUCAAACAAAACGACUUGUGCAGGCUUUGAAAGAUCGUGACCUUAAAGUUGAAGCACGUGGUUUUCCAGAUAGAACAACAACCAUUGGAUCUGUAAUUGAUGAGUAUUUAAAAUAUAAAAAAGAUUUACCACGUGAAACUAUACAUUUACUUUUUGCUGCAAACAGAUGGGAACAGAAAGAUGAUAUAAUUAAAACUUUAAACUCUGGCAUUACAUUAGUUGUUGAUAGAUAUGCAGCAUCUGGAGCUGCUUAUUCAGCUGCAUCAACGAAUAAGCAUCUUGUAUGGGGUAAAUCAUUAGAUCAAGGUCUUCCAGCACCAGAUUUAGUUGCUUUUCUCUCAGUAAAUAAUGAAAUAUUGAGUGCACGCGAUGGGUGGGCUAAAGAGCGAUUUGAAAAUCAAGAUUUUCAAAAAAAGGUUGCAGAAAAUUUUUUGCAAUUAAAAGAAGAUACAUGGAAAAUUAUAGAAGGAAACCAAAGUAUAGAUGAUGUGCAUAAAAUAUUAUUAGAAGAAUCCUUGAAAGUUAUCCAAAAAGUUAAAACAAUUCCAAUUAAAAAGUUAUAUGAGAAUGAAUCAAAUUGAUAUGUUUUCAUUUGAGUGUAAAGAUAUGUUUAUUUUUCUUCUGUGAUUAACAGUUAGUUGAUGAUAUAAUUCAAUAAAUCAUUGUAUUAUUUUAAUCACCACCAUCGUUAAACUUUGAACGGAAUUUUUUAUUUUUUAAACAAAGCUAAACAAUUGUACUAAAAGUAUUUCGGAUUACAUAUAACACUAAA